GCGCUCUUUCAAACUCGCCGUCCGAACGUCGAAGCGUGCAGGCCACUUCCGGCGUAGCCAUGGCGGCUAACGCUACCACUAACCCGUCGCAGCUGCUUCCUUUAGAGCUUGUGGACAAAUGUAUAGGAUCAAGAAUUCACAUUGUGAUGAAGAGUGAUAAAGAAAUUGUUGGCACACUUUUGGGAUUUGAUGACUUUGUCAAUAUGGUAUUGGAGGAUGUCACUGAGUUUGAAAUCACACCAGAAGGAAGAAGGAUCACUAAAUUAGAUCAGAUUUUGCUUAAUGGAAAUAAUAUAACAAUGCUAGUUCCUGGAGGAGAAGGACCUGAAGUAUGAAUGGAUUUCCUUGAUUUAACUCUGUUUAGUUUUAUAAUGACAACAAAAUAGAAAUUUUUUUUUUUAACCUUUUAACGUUUGGAUUCUGUAAAGCUAAGUUUCCCGUUGAAGGGAAAUGUUUUGGAGAUGCAUUGUAAAUGCCCAUUUUUGUAAGUUAAUCAUUAUUAUCUUGGAAAAAGAAGAACAGUUUGUUCUUUGAAGAUGACAAUAAAAAUGUUUUUGGUUAAUUGUCAUUUUAUUUUUUUGUACUGCCAUAGCCAGUGUAACAAAAAUUGUAGUUAUUCUGUCACUUGCUUUCCUAUUAUUUUAUGUCCAUUUUCUUCCUCACGUACAUGACUGUUAGAUUCUCAAACAAAAAUUGUUCCAAACAAAAUGACAAACUUUGAUUUUGAGCAGUUGUGCUUAAAAAACCUGAAAUGAUUACUUACAGAAUUCAAUUUAAACUCUGGUGCUUUGAAAUGAGGAUUUUUGUAUUGAACUUAAGUUCCGUUAACUCCUUUUAAAAACAUGCAAGCUGGGGCGCCUGGGUGGCUCAUUCGGUUAAGGGUCCAUCUGUUUAUUUCGGCUCAGGUCAUGAUCUCACAGUUCAUGAGUUCAAGCUCUUUCUCAGGCUCUGUUCUUGUAGGCUGGAGCCUGUUUGGGAUUCUCUCUUGCUCCCUCUUUCUGCCCCUCGUGCAUGUGCUCACUCUCAAAAACCACCCCCCCAGCCCCCCAAAAAAACCCAAGCAAACUUAUAGUUGUAGAACAACUAAGUUACUGAGAUGAAAAGUAACAGCGUAGGGAAUAUUGUCAAUAAUAUUGUAAUAACAUGAUGACAGAUGGUGUAGUCCUUUACAGUGGUGAGCAUAGUGUAAAGUAUAGAAUUGUUGAACCACUAUGUUGUACACCUGAAACUAAUAAAACAUUGUAUAUCAGCUAUACUUCGAUAAUAAAAAAAAUAUACAGGUAAUAUAUGCACAUUGUAGGAAUGGAGGUAAGAAAAAUAUUCAUUACACUUUGCUGUAUACCCUCUUAGACUUUCUCAGUACACUCUCCAUGUUAUUUUUACAAAAACUUACUCCUGAAUAUACUGUUUUGUAGCCCCAUUUAAGACUUAAAAAAAAAUUUAAAUCGUGCACAUCUUUCCAUGUCAUUUCAGUAACAACAA